CGGAGUGCCUUUCUUUUGGGGCACGAAAAUCUUUUCCAAACUUCGGUACUCGGGUCGGCACUAGCUGAUACGGUGCGGUGCGUGAUCCUGAUAGGCGUCGGUACUACACGACCGUGGCCCGGCCCGGCAGAGCGCAGUCACUGUUUAACCUUACACCCGUGCUGAGCGCGUGCACACCGGUGGAUUAUACCCCGGAUGUAGGGUCGGGUCUUGCUCGAUAGUUAAUGUUCACCCAGUUACGUACCGGUGCUGUUGUGUUUCGUGUUCGGGUUGGUGUACACUGUGCACUUAGGUAGGCGUGUUCAAGCUUAGUGUCCAACAUGGGGAAAAUCGAGUGGGCACCUCUGAAUGUGCCGAUGCGGCGACGGCUGGAAACUCUGUCGACGGCGUUGUGGAUGUGGUUGAUUCUGUUCGGCGAGCUGGGCAUGCUGAUAUCCUACUUCGUCCUGCUGAUCUAUGGUAAUUUAUUCAUCAAAACGUUGUGCGUUAUCUACGGUUACUUCAUCUACACCGAUCGUAAAAUAACUCUCAACGGAGGUCGGGGCCAGGGAGUAAAAUGGUGGCGCGAUCUAUUCUGGUGGAAGCUGUACCAGAGCUACUUCCCCGCCAAGCUUCACAAGACGGUCGAUCUGGAUCCCAACCGUAACUACAUCUUUGCGGCCUUCCCCCACGGUGUUCUUGGGUUGGGUGCGUUUAUUAACUUCGCCACCAAUGCGACCGGCUUCCAUGAUCACUUCCCCAAGAUUCGAUCGCGCCCGGUUACGUUAAACUUCCACUUUACGAUACCAUUCUUCCGCGAGCUGCUGCUGGGCUGGGGACUGACCUCCGCGAACCAGAACAGCAUCCUGAGCCUGCUGAAGGCAUCGAACAAACCGGAACAUCCACUGAACGACGAUGGCUUCACGGCGAACGCUGUCGUCAUCGUGGUGGGAGGGGCGGCCGAAUCGCUCCACUGCCGCCCGAACAACUACACGCUCGUCCUGCGUAAGCGGAAAGGCUUCUGCAAGCUGGCAAUAAAGGCCGGUACCCCGAUCGUCCCGGUCAUAACGUUCGGCGAGGUGGACCUGUUCGAUCAGCCACCGAAUCCGCCCGGUUCCAAGCUACGCCGCUUCCAGGACUUCGUCAAGAACACGACCGGCAUCGCGCCGGCUGCGUUCGUCGGACGAGGCUUCUUCCAGUACAGCUACGGUUUGAUUCCGCGCCGGAAACCACUGAACACAGUUGUCGGACCUCCGGUUGAAGUGACUCAGGUGGACGAACCCACCAACGAGCAGGUCGAUGAGCUGCACGAUCGUUUCUGUCGGGAGCUGGACGCGCUGUUCGAAACGCACAAAUCGCGCUUCAUAGCUGACCACAAAAAUGUCAAGCUUGUCAUAGAGUAACAGCAUAAGACCACCAACCUAAGUACCAGCUCAUCAUGUGAAAAGAAACUCCUAAGAGACACACUUCGCUAAACCAAAAACUAGGAAACAGAUGCUCCUCAACCACUUUUCUUGCGCUGGCUCGUAAGAUUUGUGCAGAUAAAAAGCAUCGUAUUUAAACUCAACUAUUUGAAGUUCGAAAAAUGAGACUGUCAACGGAUAAUGAGCACACCGAGCCUUCAUAUAAUUAUUUAAAAUCCUUCCCAUUUUGAGGAGAUUCGCUCAAGCUCGGAAAAGAGAAAAGGUUAAAAAAUGAUAAAAAGUAAUCCGUUAGGAAGCUUACGACCAGGUACCUUAAGCGAAGGUAGAUGUAGCCAUUACUUUGUGCAUGUAAUGUUUGUGCCGUAUUAUUGUUUUUUUUUUUUUGGUUUUGAAUGUUUUAAUUUGUGGUUAUGGUUGGGAAAAGGCCCAUUUUCUGAUUCGUAAUUUUUUUUUCUACAAAAAGCUACAAAAAAGCAUGUGCAUGAUCAAACCAAACGAAACGAACGACGGAAGUAUCAACUUCAACCCCUUUUUCUUUCGCGUUAAAUGUUAUCUAAUGUAAGGAUAUGUAGCUAAACGGUAGCUAACGUGAUUGUUGGAAUAAUUGCAAAGGAAAACAAAAAUAAAAAUCAAACUUAGUUCAAAAACCUA